GUAAAAUGCAUCUUCCCAAAAUUUGUGAUGACUUGUAGCAAAUUAUAAUAUACCUAAAACCUUCAAACCAAAAUCACCAACCUCCGUAACAACCGUUGGGUCCUUCACCAAUUCAUCUGUAUUUAAUUUUAUGAUUGAAUUUCGAAGAAGAAAAGACUCAGCAGAUGUCUUCUCUGUCGCAAUCGCAAACGCAACCGCAACCGCCGGCAUUGCUUGACGAUGAUCCUUCCUCCUCUCUAUGGGAUUGGGGAGAUCUCCUUGACUUCGCCGCCGACGAGCCACUCCUCGUCUCUCUAAACUCCGAUCAAACUCCCUUCUCUCCCGUCCCGCCUCCGUUGACCGCGACGCAAUCCGAAACGUAUCCUUCUCCGGAUGAAUCCGGCGGCUCUGGUUCCGAUCGGGUUAGGAAGAGGGAUCCGAGGCUGCUUUGUUCCAAUUUCGUUGAAGGUUUGCUUCCGUGCUCGUGUCCCGAGCUUGAUGAGAAGCUGGAGGAGGUUGAGUUGCCGAAGAAGAAGCGGGUUCGAGGCGGGUCGGGUGUGGCGAGGUGUCAGGUACCGGGUUGUGAAGUUGAUAUAAGUGAGCUGAAAGGUUAUCAUAGGAGGCAUAGGGUUUGUCUUCCGUGUGCUAACGCUAGCUCCGUUGUUCUUGAGGGAGAGGAUAAGAGAUACUGUCAACAGUGUGGAAAGUUUCACGUGCUUCCGGAUUUUGACGAGGGAAAACGCAGCUGUCGGAGGAAGUUAGAGCGUCACAACAACAGGAGGAAGAGGAAACCUGUAGAUAAAGGAGGAGUUGCUUCAAAACAACAGCAAGUGUUGUCACAGAAUGAUAACAGUGUAAUUGAUGUUGAUGAUGGAAAAGAUAAUGCAUGCUCUAGUGACCAGAGAGUGGAACAAGAGGCUUCAUUGAAUUGUGAAGAUGUGCAUUUUCCCACUCAGGGUACUGUACCGUUUACCCAUAGCAUCAACGCAGACAAUUUUGUCUCUGGUACAGGGUCGGGUGAAGCUCAACCAGAUGAAAGAAUUAAUGACACAAAGUUUGAACUUUCACCUUCCGGUGGUGACAACAAAAGUGCUUACUCAACUAUGUGCCCCACAGGUCGGAUCUCUUUUAAGCUCUACGAUUGGAAUCCAGCAGAGUUCCCACGAAGACUACGUCAUCAAAUAUUCCAAUGGUUGGCCACGAUGCCUGUUGAGCUGGAGGGCUAUAUCCGUCCCGGAUGUACAAUUUUGACAGUGUUUAUAGCAAUGCCAGAGAUUAUGUGGGCGAAGUUGUCUAAAGAUCCUGUGGCAUAUCUGGAUGAAUUUAUUCUUAAACCUGGAAAGAUGCUAUUUGGAAGAGGCUCGAUGACUGUCUAUUUGAACAACAUGAUUUUCCGUCUUAUGAAAGGUGGAACAACUUUAAAAAGAGUAGAUGUAAAACUAGAGUCACCGAAACUUCAGUUUGUGUAUCCAUUAUGUUUUGAAGCUGGAAAACCAAUUGAACUCGUUGUUUGUGGACUUAAUCUUGUGCAACCCAAAUGCCGGUUUCUUGUGUCUUUUUCUGGGAAGUACCUACCACAUAACUAUUCUGUUGUGCCUGCACCGGGCCAGGAAGGGAAGCGUUCUUGUAAUAACAAGUUGUACAGGAUAAACAUUGUAAAUUCUGACCCUAGUCUAUUUGGUCCUGCAUUUGUCGAGGUUGAAAAUGAAUCUGGCUUAUCAAAUUUCAUACCUCUAAUAAUUGGAGAUAAGGCUGUUUGUUCUGAAAUGAAACUAAUAGAGCAGAAGUUCAAUGCGACACUCUUCCCAGAGGAACAAGACGUUGCCGCAUGCUGUUCUUUGACUUGCUGUUGCAGGGAUUUAAAAGAGAGACAGAGCACCUUUACUGGACUCUUGCUAGAUAUUGCGUGGUCAGUGAAGGUCCCCUCUUCAGACUGCACAGAGCAAACCGUGAACCGAUGUCAGAUAAAAAGAUACAACAGAGUGUUGAAUUAUCUGAUACAGAGUAACUCCCCAUCAAUCUUAGGAAGCGUACUGCACAAUCUGGAAACUUUGGUGAAGAAAAUGAAGCCAGACAGUUUCGUUCACUGUACAUGUGACUGCGACGUGAAGCUUCUGCAUGAAAAUAUAAAUACAGCCAGAAAGAAGCAAAGCCAUGAAGAUUCAAAGGUGAAUCCAAUAACAUCAGGCUGCUGUUGUGAGAGCAGUUUCCAGAAGGACAUACCAUCAAGAGUAUUAAACUCCAAUCAGGAACCAGAAGCAGGAUUUGAUUGUAAGGAGAGGAUACAAGCGGAUUCACCAGAUACAGGCAGAAAAGAGACCGAUCCUCUUUUAAACAGAGUGGUUGUCAUGAACGUAAAUGACAUAGGAGAUUGGCCAAGGAAGCCUUGUAUACCAAUACAGUCUGCUCAGACAUUCAGGUCCCGUCAAACUUUUCUCUUUAUCACUACAAUUGCUGUCUGUUUUGCGGUCUGUGCGGUUCUCUACCAUCCAAACAAGGUCACGCAGCUUGCAGUAGCAAUCAGGACUGGAUUGGCACACAAACUUUGAGUAAAUGGCAGAGACUCUCAUUUUAACCGGUGAAGGUGUGUUCAUUAAAAAAGCUUGAAGGGAGCUGUGCUUGUCUCCGCUUUCAACAGAGCUCAGCUACAGCUUCCCAGAUAGAUCUACUUGAGAAAGAGAGAAAAUGAUUAAUGAUCAGAUGAGUUUACUUGCUCUUUAUCUCUGUUCUUGUUCCCAAUUUCUUAAAGACUCAGAUAGUGAUGCUGCAACUGUAAUAACAGGGAAUGGUCUGGUCAGUGAUCUGAUUGUUCCUCAUCGACUAGUGUUAUAUAUAUAUAGACUAGGGCUUGCCUUCGCUCACUGUAACAUGUUUUUUUUCUUGGACUAAAAAAGGUUCUUGGACAAAUCCUAACUUUAAUAUAUUAUACAUUUUUUCUGCUUCA